AUGGACUCUCAAAUCGACUUCGACAUCAACGAGUCGCUGAAGCUCUACCUGAGCGAUCCUGUUACCAUUCCGACUCCCGAGGCAAACUCCCAACUAGCCGAUUGCGAAAGCGAUCCCGACAGCUUGACCACAGCUCUCAUUGACAGCAGUUUCGAUCCGGUGGUCGACGUGGUCUCCGAGAACCCGCAGAAUAUACUGAGGAAUGAGGCUUUUGAUACGGUCCAAUUCCUUCUUAAGCACUCACCCGUACUCCCCGUACAAACUAUUAGCAAGAUCCUCGAACUCGUAGUAUCAGGACUUGCUACGAUCGCCGACAAUGCCCACUCCGAUAUCGAGAACGAUGAGCAGGAGGCACUGCACCAACACAAGACCCUGCUAGAAGUGUACGCUUUCCUGAUGCAGUGGACGAUUGCAGCUGUGGAGGCCAAAGCAGCUGAGAAAGCACAUGCCGCUCCUGCUCGGAGAGGCAAAGGAGCAAAGUCAAAGGUUGUGAAGGAUGGGGCAUGGGAUUCUGCAGGCCAGAUCCAAGCUGCUAUGGACACCAUGUGCCGGGUGAUGAGAUUGAAGCUGAACAGAAUCUUCGAGACAACCUCUGACAGAGACACGUUUGUCAACCUCUUCACGAGAUCGAUUUAUCUGAUCAUGGAGACGGAGGCUAGGAUGAAGAUUACUGCUGUUCGAAUGUUCUGCUUCAAGGUUCUGUGCAUUGCCGUCAAGCACCAUGGUCACGCUCUGGGGGCCCAGACAUCCAUCGUCCAGAACCUGACAUACUUCGAGCACCUCUCAGACCCGAUGGCCGAGUUCUUGCACAUUCUCUCAGAGCAGUACGACUACCCUCAACUCUCUUCUGAGAUUAUGCGAGAGCUUGCUGCGAAGGAUUUCAGUCCGAGCGAUCUAAAAGGGCCCAAGUCUGUGUCUGCGUUCAUCAUAAAGCUUUCGGAGCUUGAGCCUCGUUUGGUGAUCAAAGAAAUGGGCCUCCUUGCAAAGUUCCUGGACAGUGAAGCAUACACUUUGAGGUGCGCAGUCAUCGAGGUAUGCGGCAACUUGCUUGCGGAUCUCAACAAGACAGAGGAUAGAGAUGAGACCACAAAAAUUCAGAUCAACGCCUUCUUCGACACCCUGGAACAGCGGUUCCUCGAUACGAAUCCGUACUGCAGAUGCAGAGCCAUUCAAGUCUUCAUGAAGCUAUGUGACCUUGAGCAGAAGGUGCCCAAGCGAAGACAGCAUGCUGCGGAGCUUGCAGUCCAGAGCUUGCAAGACAAGAGCAGCAAUGUUCGACGAAACGCUAUCAAGUUGCUCGGCAAGCUUGUUGCUACUCAUCCUUUCAGUGUGAUGCACGGGGGUGAGCUGACCAGAAAGGUCUGGAUUCAGAGAGUAGAAGAUGUGGACAAGCAGCUUGAUACUCUGAAGCCUCCGCCAGACACUCCAGGCUUGGCUGAGACUGCUAAAGGUGCUGAGAAGGUCGACAACGAAUUGCUUGAUGAAGCCACUCGUCUUCAGGAUGAAGAGACUGGUCAAGAAAUGACCGAAGAAGAAAAGAUUGAGGCAGUCAAGAAGGCACAAGAAGAAGCUGCCACAUCAGAGGUCUUGACCAGACUACAGCUGACCAGGAAAUAUUACAUCGAUGCGCUUCGCUUCAUCGAUGUCAUCCAUGAGGCUUCUGAUCUGGCAUGCCAGCUGCUCUCGGCGAGAAACAAGAGUGAGGUCCUGGAGGCCAUGGAUUUCUUCGUCGUCAUAAAUGCCUACAAAGUCGAGACUUCGAGUACUGGAAUCCGACGCAUGCUGCGCCUGAUCUGGACCAAGGGCAAUAGUGACGAGGGCAAGGGUGUCCAGACGCACCUCAUCGACUGUUACAGAGGCCUAUUCUUCGAUGCCCCAGAAGUAUUGAACGCUAACGACACUGCCAACUUCAUUGCCCGGAACAUGAUCAGCUUGACAUUUGGCGCCACGCCUGCUGAGUUGACAUCUCUCGAACAAUUACUGAGUACGAUGUAUCGAGCAGGGAACAUAUCAGAGCAGGUCAUUGCAAAGUUAUGGCACGUCUACGGCGUCAACAAAGAGAUUUCGCGCGCUCAGCGGCGAGGUGCCAUCAUCGUUUUGGGCAUGAUUGCGCUGGCAGACCCCAAUAUUGUGGUGAAAGAGUCCGACAUCAUGAUGCGGAUUGGCCUGGGUCAACUUGGUCGUGCAGACCUCAUGCUGGCGAAAUUCACUUGUGUGGCCCUGAAGCGAAUGAUUCCACCCCCUAAGAAGGCCCAGGACAAAGUCGCCGCUGGCAUCUCCCGCAUGACCAACGACCAUGCCAUACUCCGCAUGCUGGCUUCUAUUCUACUGACAUUUUCGGAAAGUCAAGAUUGGUAUGGUAUGGCCGAGCAAGCCAUCUCUGCCAUUUACGUCCUUUCAGAGCAUCCUGAUAUCCUCUGUUCAGAAGUCCUUCGGCACAAGACGAGACUUGUCUUCGCGCAGACUCAGCAUCGCAAAUCGCUGUCUCGAUCACCGUCACCUGAGCGGGAUCCCGAAGAUAUGGACAUCGAUGGCGCAAAUGCUGCCACUCCUGGGCCAGAAGAGUCACAACCAGAGAGCCAACAGCUCGACUCGCCGAAGACGAAGCCGGCUAUCACAUUGUCCCAGCUGCUGUUCGUCGUAGGCCACGUUGCCAUCAAGCAGAUUGUACAUCUCGAGCUGUGUGAACUUGACUUCAAGCGAAGAAAGCACGACCUCGAGAAGGACAAGCCUCUUACAGAACCCACGCCUCAGCCUGGCAGACGCAAAAAAACUCCCGCGGAAGAAGUCAUGGCAGAGAAAGAAAAACAAGAAGAAAAGGAUGAGCUCGAACUCAUCGGCGGCACCAACGAGGAUGACUUCACGGAAGCAGUAGCCCACAUCCGAGAACGCGAGCUACUCUACGGGCCCAACUCGCUCCUCGCUAACUUCGGUCCCCUAGUCACCGAAGUCUGCUCGAACAACACAGCAUACAAGGACCGGAAUUUGCAGGCACACGCCACGCUAUGCCUGGCAAAGCUCAUGUGUGUCAGCAGCGAGUACUGCGAAAAGAACCUGCCGCUACUCAUCACCAUUCUCGAGCGCUCUGAGGAUCCCAUUGCAAGAUCCAACACCGUCAUUGCCCUGGGAGAUAUGGCUGUCUGCUUCAACCAUCUGAUCGACGAGAACACAGACUUCUUGUAUCGUCGACUCAACGACGGGGAUGGCAGUGUCAAGCGGACGUGCUUGAUGACGUUGACCUUCCUUAUCCUCGCCGGACAGGUCAAAGUCAAGGGCCAGCUGGGCGAGAUGGCGAAAUGUCUCGAAGAUGGCGAUAAGCGCAUCGCGGACCUGGCCAGGAUGUUCUUCACCGAGCUCGCCACCAAGGACAACGCACUGUACAAUCAGUUCAUCGACAUGUUCAGUAUCUUGACGAGAGAGGGUCCGCUGGAGGGUGGUGUCAUGGAGGAGGACGCCUUGAAGCGGAUCCUGAAAUUCUUGUGUGGGUUUAUCGAAAAGGACAAACACGCGAAGAACCUGGCCGAGAAGCUGGCGGCUCGCUUGGACAGAUGCGAGAAUGAGCGGCAGUGGACUGAUACCGCGUACGCGCUCAGCCUGCUGCAGCACAAGAAUGAGGACAUCACGAAGAAGGUACAGGAGGGCUAUCGCGUUGUCGAGACGGCGGCAUGA